AUGCGGCUCUGGAGUUGGGUGCUGCGCCUGGGGCUGCUGAGCGCCGCGCUGGGCUGCGGGCUGGCCGAGCGCCCCCGCCGGGCCCGAAGAGACCCUCGGGCCGUGCGCACCCCGCGCCCCGCCGGCCCGGCCACCUGCGCCACCCGGGCGGCCCGCGGUCGCCGCGCCUCGCCGCCGCCGCCUCCGGGCGGUGCCUGGGAAGCCGUGCGCGUCCCCCGGCGGCGGCAGCAGCGGGCGGCGAGGGGCGCCGAGGAGCCGAGCCCGCCUAGUCGGGCGCUCUAUUUCAGCGGGAGAGGGGAGCAGCUGCGCCUUCGGGCCGACGUGGAGCUGCCCCGCGACGCCUUCACACUGCAAGUGUGGCUCCGAGCGGAGGGGGGCCAGGCGUCUCCAGCGGUGAUCACAGGGCUGUAUGACAAAUGUUCUUAUACCUCUCGAGAUCGAGGAUGGGUCGUGGGCAUUCACACCAUCAGUGAUCAAGGCAACAGAGACCCACGCUACUUUUUCUCCUUGAAGACAGACCGGGCCAGGAAAGUGACCACCAUCGAUGCCCAUCGCAGCUACCUCCCAGGCCAGUGGGUAUACCUAGCUGCUACCUACGAUGGGCGACUGAUGAAGCUCUAUAUGAACGGUGCCCAGGUGGCGACCUCUGGAGAGCAAGUUGGUGGCAUAUUCAGCCCACUGACGCAGAAAUGUAAAGUGCUCAUGUUGGGGGGCAGUGCUCAAAAUCACAACUUCCGGGGCUACAUUGAGCACUUCAGUCUAUGGAAGGUAGCCAGGACACAGCGAGAGAUACUGUCUGACAUGGAAACCCAUGGCCUCCACACCCCUCUACCUCAGCUCCUCCUCCAGGAGAACUGGGACAAUGUGAAGCGCACUUGGUCCUCCAUGAAGGAUGGCAACAGCCCCCGCGUGGAAUUCAGCAAUGCCCAUAGCUUCCUGUUGGACACUAGUUUAGAGCCGCCUCUUUGUGGCCAGACGCUAUGUGACAACACAGAAGUCAUCUCCAGUUAUAACCAGCUCCCAAGUUUCCGUCGACCCAAGGUGGUGCGCUAUCGCGUGGUCAACAUCCAUGAUGACGACCAUAAGAACCCGACUGUGAGCCAGCAGCAGAUUGACUUUCAGCACCAGCAGCUGGCUGAGGCCUUCCAACACUAUAACAUCUCCUGGGAGCUGGAGGUGCUGGAGAUAAACAGCUCUUCUCUGCGUCACCGCCUCAUCCUAGCCAACUGUGACAUCAGCAAAAUCGGCGAUGAAAAGUGCGACCCUGAAUGCAACCAUACACUGACUGGCCAUGAUGGUGGGGACUGCCGCCAGCUGCGCUAUCCCGCGUUCAUGAAGAAGCAGCAGAACGGUGUUUGUGACAUGGACUGCAACUACGAAAGGUUUAAUUUCGAUGGUGGAGAGUGCUGUGACCCAGACAUCACGGAUGUCACUAAGACAUGCUUUGAUCCUGACUCUCCACACAGAGCCUACUUGGAUGUUAAUGAGCUAAAGAACAUUCUUAGAUUGGAUGGAUCAACACAUCUCAAUAUUUUCUUUGCAAACUCUUCAGAGGAGGAAUUGGCGGGAGUGGCAACUUGGCCAUGGGACAAGGAGGCCCUGAUGCACUUGGGCGGCAUUGUUUUGAACCCAUCUUUCUAUGGCAUUCCUGGACACACCCACACCAUGAUCCAUGAGAUUGGGCACAGCCUGGGCCUCUAUCACAUCUUCCGUGGCAUCUCAGAAAUCCAGUCCUGCAGUGACCCCUGCAUGGAGACAGAGCCCUCAUUUGAAACUGGAGACCUCUGCAAUGAUACCAACCCAGCCCCCAAACACAAGUUUUGUGGAGACCCUGGACCAGGGAAUGACACUUGUGGCUUUCAUAGCUUCUUCGACACUCCUUACAAUAACUUCAUGAGCUAUGCAGAUGAUGACUGUACAGACUCUUUCACGCCCAAUCAAGUCUCCAGAAUGCACUGUUACCUGGACCUCGUAUACCAGAACUGGCAGCCCUCCAGAAAGCCAGCACCUGUAGCCCUUGCCCCCCAGGUUGUGGGCCAUACAACUGACUCGGUGAUGUUAGAGUGGUUCCCACCCAUCGAUGGCCAUUUCUUUGAAAGAGAAUUGGGAUCAGCAUGUGACCUUUGCCUAGAAGGGAGAAUCCUGGUGCAAUAUGCUUUCAAUGCCUCUUCCCCGAUGCCCUGUGGACCAUCAGGACACUGGAGUCCUCGGGAAGCAGAAGGUCAUCCAGAUGUUGAACAGCCCUGUAAAUCCAGUGUCAGAACCUGGAGUCCAAAUUCAGCUGUUAACCCACACACAGUCCCUCCAGCUUGUCCUGAGCCACAAGGCUGCUACCUGGAGCUGGAAUUCCAGUACCCCUUGGUCCCUGAUUCUCUGACCAUCUGGGUGACCUUUGUCUCCACUGACUGGGACUCCAGUGGAGCUGUCAAUGAUGUCAAACUAUUGACAGUCAGUGGAAAGAACAUCUCUUUAGGUCCUCAAAAUGUUUUCUGUGAUAUUCCACUGACCAUCAGACUCCGGGAUGUGGGUGAGGAGGUAUACGGCAUCCAGAUCUAUACUCUUGAUGAACAUCUGGAGAUUGAUGCAGCCAUGCUGACCUCCACUGUGGACAGUCCACUCUGUCUGGAGUGUAAACCCCUACAGUAUAAAGUGCUCCGGGACCCACCUCUCCAGGAAGACAUAGCCUCAUUAUUACACCUCAACAGAAGAUUUGUGGACAUGGAUCUGAAGCUUGGCAGUGUGUACCAGUACCAGAUCAUCACCAUUUCAGGAACUGAAGAGAGUGAGCCAUCGCCGGCUGCCAUAUACACCCAUGGAAGUGGAUACUGUGGUGAUGGCAUUAUUCAGAAAGGCCAAGGAGAAGAAUGUGAUGACAUGAAUAAGCUCAAUGGUGAUGGCUGCUCCCUCUUCUGCCAACAAGAAAUUUCCUUCAACUGCAUUGAUGAACCCAGUCGGUGUUACUUCCAUGAUGGAGAUGGGAUGUGUGAAGAGUUUGAACAAAAAACUAGCAUUAAAGACUGUGGUGUCUACACACCCCAGGGUUUCCUGGAUCAGUGGGCAUCCAAUGCUUCAGUAUCCCAUCAAGACCAGCAGUGCCCAGGUUGGGUUGUUAUUGGACAACCAGCGGCAUCCCAGGUGUGUCGAACCAAGGUGAUAGAUCUCAGUGAAGGCAUUUCCCAGCAUGCUUGGUACCCUUGCACCAUUAAUUACCCAUACUACCAGCUGCCUCAGACCACAUUCUGGCUCCAGACAUAUUUCUCUCAGCCAAUGGUUGCUGCAGCUGUUAUUAUCCACUUGGUGACUGAUGGAACAUACUAUGGCGACCAAAAGCAAGAGACCAUCAGUGUGCAGUUGCUUGAUACCAAAGAGCAAAGCCAUGAUCUAGGCCUCCAUGUCUUGAGCUGCAGGAACAAUCCCCUGAUUAUCCCUGUGGUCCAUGACCUCAGCCAGCCCUUCUACCACAGCCAAGCAGUACGUGUGAGCUUCAGUUCGCCCCUGGUCGCCAUCUCGGGGGUGGCCCUCCGCUCCUUCGACAACUUUGACCCUGUCACCCUGAGCAGCUGCCAGAGAGGAGAGACCUACAGCCCUGCUGAGCAGAGCUGUGUGCAUUUCGCCUGUGAAGCCACGGACUGUCCAGAACUGGCUGUGGAGAAUGCUUCUCUCAACUGUUCCAGCAGCCACCGCUACCAUGGUGCCCAGUGCACUGUGAGCUGCCAGACAGGUUAUGUGCUGCAGAUACAGCGGGAUGAUGAGUUGAUCAAGAGCCAGGUGGGACCAAGCAUCACAGUGACAUGUACGGAGGGCAAGUGGAACAAGCAGGUGGCAUGUGAGCCAGUGGACUGCGGUGUCCCGGAUCACCAUCACGUCUAUGCUGCCUCCUUCUCCUGCCCAGAGGGCACCACCUUUGGUAGAAGAUGUUCCUUUCAGUGCCGCCACCCUGCCCAGCUGAAAGGCAACAACAGCGUGCUGACCUGUAUGGAAGAUGGACUGUGGUCCUUCCCCGAGGCCCUGUGUGAGCUCAUGUGCCUGGCUCCACCCCCAGUUCCCAAUGCAGACCUGCAGACAGCAAGGUGUCGAGAGAACAAGCACAAGGUGGGCUCCUUCUGCAAGUACAAGUGCAAACCUGGAUACCACGUGCCUGGCUCGUCUAGGAAGUCCAAGAAACGGGCCUUCAAGACUCAGUGUACCCAAGACGGCAGCUGGCAAGAGGGAACUUGUGUGCCUGUGACUUGUGAUCCACCUCCAGCCAAAUUCCAUGGGCUCUACCAAUGCACCAAUGGCUUCCAGUUCAAUAGUGAGUGUAGGAUCAAGUGUGAAGACAGUGAAGGCUCCCAGGGCCGUGGGAGCAACAUCAUUCACUGCCGGAAAGAUGGUACCUGGAGUGGCUCCUUCCACGUCUGCCGAGAGAUGCAAGGCCAGUGCUUGGCUCCAAACCAGCUCAACAGUAACCUCAAAUUACAGUGUCCUGAUGGCUACGCCAUAGGGUCAGAGUGUGCCACCUCGUGCCUGGACCACAACAGCGAGUCCAUCAUCUUGCCAGUGAACGUGACGGUGCGUGACAUCCCCCACUGGAUGAACCCCACACGAGUAGAGAGGAUUGUCUGCACUGCUGGUCUCCAGUGGUAUCCCCACCCUGCUCUGAUCCACUGUGUCAAAGGCUGUGAGCCAUUCAUGGGAGACAAUUACUGUGAUGCCAUCAACAACCGAGCCUUCUGUAACUAUGAUGGUGGGGACUGCUGCACCUCCACAGUAAAGACCAAAAAGGUCACUCCCUUUCCUAUGUCCUGUGACCUACAAGAUGACUGCGCCUGUCGGGACCCUGAAGCCCAAGAACACAGCCGGAAAGACCUUCGGGGAUAUAGCCAUGGCUAACGAAAGACAAGAGUUGUCCAAGGUUUCCCAACACCAAGACCCGCAUCCCUCUGGUAUUGAUUUCACAGUCUGCUGCUCAAUGAAAUGGCCUCUCCACACCAGGGAUCCUUAGCACCCAACCGGUCUGCCUUUAAUUUCACCCAGGAAGGACCAACUGUGGGGCAAUGAACUGAAUUUCACCAUGUUGAAUGAUGGAAUGGAAUACUAUCCUGCAGUCUAAGAUGGAUUGCAUACACAGCAUGUUGUCCCAGAGCCUCUGAAAAUUCUAACCAUUUGUCACAUGACCACAGCCCAAAACAACAAAAUCGUGUUUUGUAUCAAGGUGUAUGCACAUCUGUGGUUCGUACACAUGCAUGCGUACAGGUGUGUGAAGGCAGUUUUAGAAAAGUUAGUGAAAAACAACUGGAAAAACAAAACAAAGCAACAAAAGCAAAGCAAAACAAAACCCACCUCAAUCUUUCCUUUCCCAAGCUCAUUGGGAGAAAGAGAGUCAUAGAAACUAACACCAAGUACUGAGAAAGAAAUAUAGCUCAGAAUCUGAGGUACAGAAAAUGCCGUGCAUACAUCAUCAUGUAGUGUUUGGGGACCAGAAGUGAAAUGCUUUGUAACUACAAAUCUUCUAGGGAACUAGGGCCUAAGAAUAGGUAAAUAUUCCAAGGUGUGCAAAACUCCCCAAUUUUUCUGCUGCCAUGGGGAUUUUGCCCCAACACCGGGGUGCAAGGCAUAGCUGGAAAUGGCUUAGGACUGCAGAGUCAAGGUAUUCCAUCAGCUCCCUGCUUGAGGCUUGAGGUCUUCAUAUCCCUUCCAGAUCCCACCUGUUCUCCAGAUCUUACCUUGGGACCACAUUUGCUGCUACUCUUUCUGCUGCUCUGUCCGAUACAUUGAGUGCUCUUCGAUGGUAGAGCUAGGUUAGAAAAAACUCCAUAUAACCAAGUAGACUGCCUUAAAAGUGAUUCAUAUUUUUCCAGAGUUCCUCACUUCUUGGCCCAUCUUCAAGAGAAAAACCUUAAUGGGCUUAAGUCCUUCACAGGUGGACUUCUCAUUCUGGAAAAGAGUUAAGGGAUGUCAGAUGCUCGAGCCCUUCCUGAGAGUCCAGAAUGUCUAAGCCAGUGUUAGAUUUUCUAAUCAAGUGGAACAGUGUUAAACUUGGGAAUGCUGGAACCACAAAGAAGCUGCUGGAAUGUUCAGGACAUGGGUUAUUGUCCUUAUCUCAAUUUUCCCAGGUCUCUAGGCUAGAGCAAGCUUUGGUCUUGAGACUCCCACUAUUAUUCUAAGCAGAUGAAUUCUAAAACAUCUUAGAUCCAGGCAAUGUAUGUGGCAUUCUAGAGGAACAGAGGAACAUCAGGAAGCCCUGGAGAUCCAGACUCAACACCCAACACAGUCAUCAUAUUUUCCAUAUAAAUUUUCAGAUGUUAGGACACCUUUCCACAUUCAUUGUUGGGCACCGCUCCUUCCCCUCCCAUAUUUAGUCUUCAAACAUUAAGAGGAGAUGAGUCAACUGUACAUGGAAACCAGUAAUGUAUGCAGGGCUUCUUUUUUUUUCAAUUACCUAUUCAUACCCUCUGAAUUAAUAUGAGAAGAGAUCAACACAGGAUGAGGUGUAUAGAGUAGUUAACUUUGACAUAAUUUGUGAAACAUGGAGCUGGGAAGCAAGAAGAUAGGAGGACCUAAAUGAAAUGUAUAACAUAAAGAUGACAGUACAUCAAUUGAUCUCAAGUCUAGUGGGGAUAGCUAAUAAAAGCAAGUCUGGGACAGAAUGCAAAAUGCCAGCCCAUGCAUAGCCAUCCUGCAGCUAAGGCAUUCAAUGUUAAUCUAUCGUGUUCCCUUUUCUACUAGGACCAACAGUAAUUUCACAAACUAUGUUUUCAUAUUAUGACCAAUAGCUUUUUCCUACUGAUUAAGAAUACUUGAAAAGGUAUCUAUUGACCAUCAGUGGUCUGUAAUAUCAAGAAAUGUACCAAGGUGCUUUUCGCACAGGUGCCCAUAAAUAAGGAUACAAUGCUUAGAUUAUGCAGCUUGUCCUUUACUAAAGCCUCUGAAGUUCAAGCCUAGAAUGGAGAAGUGGCCACUGGUGUGAUAGCCCAGCACUUUGGCUCCUCCAAAAGCAUAUCACAUUUAUAUAUAGGGCACUUCCCCUGUAAUUACUAGAACCAAUCUUCAACAAAAUGUAAGAACAAUUUUAUGGGAAUUGGCCUGAUUAUGUUUAACUCUCUAGGAUCCUCAGACUUUUGUUAACCCUUCAGGUCUCUCUAUUGCCCAGAUAUGCCGUGUCAGCUUAGACAGGACAAGCUAAUGAGUGGUAACAGGACCAGCCCUCCCAACAGCUUAAAAUGCCCAUAAGUAGUACAGGAACCUCCAAAGACCCAAAGAUAACAUUAUUAAUAGUAGGGUCAUAGAAACUGAAGACAGACCAUAAGAAUUCCCCUCAAUCAAUCCUCAUCCAACUCUUUGUUCUUAUUGUCAUCUGUUGCUACACUCUCCAACUGAGCAAAGACUCCUGGAGGCUGGCUCCUAUUUUAAGAUUCAUAGACUGAAGUGGGCCUAUCCAGGCAGAAUCCCAUUCAGUUUCCUCCUUGCUGCCAAUCAAACCUGUUGUGACCAAAUUCAUAUUUGCUGAACCUAUUAGAUAAAAGAGGCUACACAACUGGUAGCCUGCCUCAUGGCCACAAGGGAUGUGUAAUUCAUAGGAUCUUCCCAGACCUUCGUGCAGGACAGUCAGCUGCAUUUUUGCAGUGCACUGAUUCCCAGUUUCAUUUGCUUCCUGAGAAUAAACUCCUUGUCGCAUCCCCCUCAGUCAUCUGUUUCAGACAAUGGAGUAAUCAGGAGGAGGCGGUUCUGAAGCACUGUUGUACAUCCACAGCUUAGGGGCCCGAAAGCACUUGGGAGUUCUGCAGCUGAAGAAGCAUCAGUCUGUUAGCAGCAAGGAAGCAAAGAUGAGGUGGACAGUUCUCUAGGCUCCAUCUGGGAAACUGUUCCAAACCACAGCUCACUGUCUGCCCAAAGGACUUGCGUUACCCCUGGGUGGUGUGCCAACAACCUCGGAAGGGAAGUCAGUGUGGGAAGUCAGCGAGUCCAUGGGAAGUCAGUGUGGGUAGGUGAAGCGGGGUGUAAAGCAAAGGAGAGAUUAAUGUCUUAAAUAGCAGACUUUUGGAGAAGGAGGGAAUCAGCUGCCGCUCUUGGCCCCCUCAGCGUACUGGGCCACUGCCGAGACCAUUCUCCGUCUCAUUCCUACUUUGGCCAAUGUUUAAAUGCUAUUUGUUGAAAAUAAUUCUUUGGGACAGAUUUCAGCUACCUCCCUUCCAGGUUCGAUUUAACUUGGCUGUAACUGUCAAUUUGUUAAAGGUCUUACCUGUGUGAUUUUUAAAGAAAGAAAGAAAGAAAGAAAGAAAGAAAGAAAGAAAGAAAGAAAGAAAGAAAGAAA